UUUUCCUCCAUCUCUCUCGCAAUCCCACCGCCUCCUCCUCUGCCCCUCACACACUUCCGCUUAUACACACAAGCACUUCUCAUUUUAACCAUCUGCUCCCUACAACACUUUGCAUCGACAAUUCGACAACCAGCCCCGAUCUCGAGCAGUGGCGACGUAGCAGCCAGCGCACACGCCCACUACGCGUACCCACGACGACGCCUCAUUCAGAGCCAGCAGCGGACUCAAACGCCACGACCUCUGUUGGUUCGCCGCCCGCCCAGCCAGUCAGCCAGCGUGGACCCUUUGUCACCCACCUUACCCUUCACACCUCAGGCUGCGUGGGCAGAGCUUCAGCAGCCAGCAGCAACGACCACCACCACCAACUACCUCCCACCGCUACACCUCUUCCACUCCCUUCCACUCCCACUCUCUCAUCCACUUGAUCGGCUCUUGGGCCUCCUUCGCUACACCUCACGGCAUCCCGUUUUCGAACACGGCCUGGCCGAGCGGCCCGAGAAAGAGAAGGAGGGGCGUGUGCAUAGCGCGGACGUGCAAACUCGACUGGUCGGUCUUGCCGAUUCUCAUUCCCAUCAACUAGCAGCACCAGCAACAGCAACAGCAGCCAGCAACAACCUCCCAUUGCAUAACCCACACAACCUCCACAUACAAUCCGCACGCACCUUGCAUCACCGAGCUCUAGCCCCCCCUCUCGCCACCUGCAGUCGACUACCCUCCCCUCCCCACGCAUCUCGCUCUCUUCGGGGCAGGACAUGGACUCGUCUUCCACAUCGUCACCGUUUUCUACCCGCUCAACCAUACCUUCGUCACCCGAAAACGCUGGCGGCGACAGUACCGCACCUGCAAAGUCGUCGGUCCCCGCUGCCUUUCCUGCGAGCUCGGGCCACCUCAUGCAGGGCAUGCAGGCCAUCCUCAACAACCUUACCGGAGCUGCGCCAUUCUCCCAACUCGCAAGCUCAGACUUCUUCUCCACGACCAACAACAACAACAACAACAACAACAAUAAUGAAGCCAAGCCCAAGAUCGAUGUAAAGCAGGCGACGUCGCUCUUCGCGCAGACCCAGGCGCAAGCCUCGGCGCGCCCUUCCACAUCGGCAGCUCCCAGCGUCACUGGUUCUGGGCAGGGAGGAUCGCGCACCGAACCACCAAAGCGCAUGUACGAGGUCGAUGGCCUCGCUCUCGUCUCGCCUCCACUCGAGGAGAUUGCUUCGGCGUUCCCAAAUAGCAAUAACACGUUGCUGUUGCAAGGAGAUCCUCAACACAUUCACAAGCAGCGCGUCGAGACAGCCAUUCGAGUUAUCAUCGACAUUCUCCGCAUGGUCCCCAGAUCACCAUCACAGCCUCCAGUGCCCGCAUCAAUAAAGCCAUUGCUGCCUCAAGACGCGACUGGCAACGUCCUCGCCGUCUUUGAGCGAUUGGCCACCUUUCGCGGACUCCGUCUCCAGGCCGGCACGACCACAAAGACGAGCUCCAAGAAGCAGCUGCAGGCCGGCCAGAUCCCUGCCCACCAGGUGGCCUACGUCGAAACGGCAGUGUACACGAGCACUGAAAACCCAAAGAGAGUGUAUGCGUGCAAGCGCUGUCGCAAUCGUGAGGAGCGAAGGCGACAAAACAAGGACGCAGCGAGGAAGAAGCAGGUCGCUUCCGACUCUGACACGUCGGCGAGCCCCGUGCCCCGUCCGUCCCUCCAACCACCGUCCGAGGACUACAUCACGGGCGAGAAUGCUCACCAGUACGACCCUCAUCGAGUGAGCCAGGUUGUCGAGGAGCCUCCUUGGGAUCCGACAGUCCCCGAUUGGCGCCAUGAGAUUGUCUUGUUCAAUUCGCCACCCGAAGUCGCAGUCAAGGAGGGCAGCUGCUUCUGGCUUCCAUUCCGUGUCAUCUGCUACUGCAAGUGUCAUGGCGAGAAGAACGGCUUCCACAUUAAGUUCACCUUGAGAACCUUGGAAGGUAACAUUAUUGCAAGCGCAAUGACGCACCCCAUCAAGAUCACGGAUGAUCACAAGACGGACGCCAAGUCCAAGCCCAGGGGAGGGGUCGAGCGCAUGACAUCGGCUACCCCGUCCGUCCAAGCACCUCCCCGCGUCCGCAAGGGUCGUAUGAGCACGGCUUCAUCUCAACGCCAAUCACCCACUCCCUCUGAAAGCGAGAUGAGUGUCACGUCCGAGGUGGGCGCCGUCGUCCAGAAGCAAACGCCGCAGGUGCGGCAGGGCAAACCCUACGAGCGUCCACCAUCACAAUCGCCCGCCGUCCAACCCACGAGCCUCCCCUUCGACUUCCUCCAGGAGCAGAACCAGCGGCCACGUCUCUCUCGACAGCAGUCGACCUCGUCGUACACCUCCCAGGCAGACAUUACCAACUGGACGCCGGAUGCGCUCGCGCAGACAACGGUUAGCCCCGACGCCCUUCGCCGACCCAACUUUGCGUCCAUGGCGGCUCUGGCGAACAACGGCCUGGGCGGCUCACUGUCCAACCAGUCUUCUGUCGCACCGAGCCCAGCGCAGCAGUUUGGUGGCCUCGGUCAGAACGGCCUGGGUGGCUCCAGCCUCAACGGCCUGAAUGGCGGUAACCAAGCGAAUGGCCUGCAGAACGGUCUCGUCAAUGGCCUCCACCAGAACAACCUCAGCGGCAGCUUCUCGAGCGACAUGUUCACCAAUGGCGCCAUGAGUCUGUCGCCGCCAGGUGGCCUUGACCUGUCCACGCUCAACCUCUUCAACAACGGCAAUAACGUUAACCGGUCGGCUUCGGGUAACCAGAACGGCUCGCAGGAUGUCGACAUGACCAACGACGUUGCUUCGCAGCUUGAGAAUAUGCUUUUCGGCACAAGCACCUCGAGCCAAGCUGCGUCUGUGGCAUCCAGCUUCCGCGACGAUGCUUCCCAAUUCUCUGCGUUCCAAGCCGGCAGCCUGUUUAGCGACAGCGGCUUGCCUCCCGACAACACGCUUGACGACAUGAUCGACUAUUCUGGCGGCGAAAGCAACGCAGCAAUCAGCCCCAUGCAGCACCUCAACCUCUCGCCCUCAGUUCCCAUGGGAGGUAUCGACCUCGGCUUGAACCAGUCGCCGUUUGGGCAGUCCAACGGCUUGCCUCAGAUCUCGCCCAAUGCCGAUGCCGAUGCGCACACACGCGCCCUUCUCGCCCUCCUCGCCCAGCACCAGACGCAGCCUCGCCCGCCCCCACAGCCAGUGCCUGUCGUCUCGCACGUCAUUCCUGGCGAGGGCGACAUGGCGGGCGGCGCGCCCAUUGCUAUUGCAGGCCGUCUCUUCACACCAGAGACGGUCAUUGUCUUUGGUGGUCGCCCAGCUGUUACCGCUUUCGUGUCCGACUCGUUCCUGCAGUGCACUCUUCCCCCUGCGCCUUCGCCGGGUGAUGUCGAGGUGACUGUCCAGGGUCACAUGAAGGACCCGACUGUUCCGACAAUGAUGUUCAAGUACACGGGCACCGACAAGGAGAUGAUGCGUCUCAUGCUUCAAGUUCGCCAGCUUCACCAGAACAGCGAUCCGGCGAUGCGUCUCGUCGACCACAUUACCCGGUCUCAGAACAACAGCGACUUUAGUGACCGCUCGAGCAUGAGCCCGGCAGGCAUCCAGUCCCCGUUUGACGCCGACAUGCGUCCUGGCUCGAAUAUGCUUGAUGUCGCCCCACCGGCCGAGAACGUCGAGGAAGACGACCUUCAGACUACUCUGAUCGACGUCAUCAAUUCCAUGGACGAGGACGCGCCGGGCUCCCUCCGUCGUUCGGGUGCGGUCAACGACGUCAACAAGUCGCAGCAGACUCUACUGCAUCUUGCCACCGUCAUGGGCUUCCACCGCCUGUUGCGUCGUCUCAUCGCUGUGGGCGCGCACCUGAACGUUCAGGACGUCAAUGGCUUUACGCCCCUCGCCCAUGCCGCCCUGUGCAGCCAGACCAUCUGCGCGCGGAUUCUCCUCGAAGCCGGUGCGUCAUACGAUCUGCCGACCGUCUUUGGUGAGAUGCCCCUCGACCUGGCCAAGAGCGACGAGCAUUCCGAGGUGGAGGCCUUGCUGCUUUCGGCCGUCUGGUCCACCAAGGUCGACACUGCCAACGAUGCCGAGUCGUCUGUGUCCCUGGAGACUGGCAGCGAGAUCGACGACGACAACCCGAGCUCAGACUCGGACCACGAUAGCGUGUCGAAGGCGUCCCGUAUUCUGCGCCGUCGCCCCAGCCGUCGCUCCCGGGGCAAGCAGCGCGUGUCACCUCCUGGCCACUCGCAGUCGACGAGCCCGAAGCGCGGCCGUCGUGCGUCGCUCGUUGCCACUCCUCCCCUCCCUGGCUCGCUCUCGCCCGUCCCUCGCGACGACCCGCCUCCGUACGCGCCUCCCGACUCGGCGUCUUGGAUGUCGCGCACCUUGUCCAACAUCUCUCACCCGAUCCAGGACACUGUCUGGCAGAGUUUGCCCAAGGGUCUUCCGACCUUGUGGAGCGCCGGCGAGAAGACGUCGUCGGGCUCUCACGGCUGGGUGGCGUUCCCCGCGCCGUCGUGGGACACGCUGCAGAAGAUGACGAGCCCCGAGGAGGUCAAGCUGUUCACCCAGGCCAUGGCUGCCGCGGCGUUGAACGCUGUGGUGCAGUCUGGUGCCACGGCUGGACCUAUGGACAGCUCGCCCCGUGCCUCGAGCAAGAGGCAGGCGCGCCGCCGUCACUCGAAUGCCGGAAGCUCGCCUUCCUCGCGCUCGCGUGAGCUCGGCCAGGUUACCAAGCCCAAGCAGGUUAAGCACGACCGCAUGCUUUACCUCUUCUGGCUCCCGGUCUUGCUCUUUGUUGGCUUCUGGCUCCUGGUCACUGCGGUCCCCAUCGCGACGGGCUUCUGUCUGCUCUACGCUCGCCAGAUCAGCCGCGCCAUCAAGCAGCGCCUUUGAAUUUGGUGGAGGAUUUGUUAGAAGGGGGGAGGGGAGGAAUGGGUCUCAUAUUAGAUGUGCGACAGUGUAGCUCCGACAAUGGUCUGGAAACGGUGCGAGGGGAUCAUUUCAGAGUAAUUAUGUGCAACUGUACAAAUCAUAUGCUAGCAUUAAACAUGA